AUGGUCGGCGGUAUAGCCAACAACCUGUUUAGAACUCUUCUUCGAAAUAAUGUAAGCAAAUCGAAUCCGCUGGGAAUUUUCUACGUCAAGCUAACCGAAGACCGAGACUGUGCGAUCUACCUCAACACAAGCUCAUUGGACUACGAGACCCUCUCCGAAUACUCCUUAGAAGUCCAACUGGAGUCCAUCCAGGGUCUGAUAAACCCGGAGACCAGUAAAGCAGUUGUAAAGGUUCACGUGACCGAUGUCAAUGAUAACGCGCCCGCGUUCGUGUUCAAAGAACAGAGCACGAUAGCGGGUGCUGUGGGGAAAUACUUCGCGAUUGUUACUAAGGAUAUGCUGCUGGAUACGAAUGUGUUGCAAGUUAAGGCUAAAGACAAAGACAGCGGCGACUACGGCAAGAUAGAAUACCACAAGCACUCCUGGCCCAAAGCAGCGGAGGAAUACUUUGCAUUGGACGCUGACACGGGAGUCAUAAGCAACGUCAAGACGUUUGACAGCGUGCCCAGUGACGUGCUGCCUUUCAAGUUCAGCGUGACAGCGAGAGACAACCCUAGCUCGCCGCAGGAUUAUAACAUUGCUAGGGUUUCUGUUGUUGUAAAUCUCCUCCAAAAAGAAAACCAACUUGUGGUAGAAGUUUCCAAUGUCAACACUGAAUCUAUGGGCCGGCGAGCGCGUAGCGUCCUCGCAGCCAUAGAGAAAGAGAGCGGGCUUGUCGCUGGUUUAGAGAAAUUAACGUAUAGACAUUACCUGGGAGUAAAUGGCACGUUAGAGAGUGAUACUAAAGGAACGGAUAUGUGGCUAUAUCUGGUCGAUCCUUCUACAGGGAGGAUAUUGACUAGAGAGUCAGCGUCUGCGAAGAAGGCCGUCGAAAGCGGCGUCCACAAAGCUGUAGCGGCCAGUCUACAAUCGCCAGUUAGUCAAGUGCGAGCGCCGUUAGUGCCCGCAGAGCAGCCCCGAAGGCCGACGCAUGUGGCCGCGGCACCUUUAGCUACGGCCUUACCGGCUGCCUUGAUAGCAUUGGCGGCUUUGGUGCUGGUAGCGGCCACUGCAGCUACGAUAUACAUCUGUGCUUCUUGGAACAGGUACAAGAAACACAAAGAGCAAGCAAUCCAGCAGUACGGGACUCUUAGUAUGAGCAUGCCGCCUCCCAGACCGCCGUCGGGAUACGAGUCAAGUGAAGACGAGCCCGCGCCGAGAUACGAGACUCAGGUUCUCAACAUGGCGGUGGACGACGCAGACUUGCAACUGGACUUCAGUCCAAACAACCACGCGUUCAACAUCCACAGUGUGCAAUAUUUAUCCAAAGACAAUGGAGAACGCAGUCCUACCCUCUCCGAAACAGCCACCACCGCAAGAGCGUCAAGCGUCAACGAGAACGGUGGCACGCUCAACAACAGUCACUUCGACACUUUGGCGAACAACUCAACCAUCGCUCGCAACACUCAGACCCUCAACCGACGAGUGCCUAACAACCACGCGUUGAACAACGCUCUAGGAACGUUACCGAGAGUCAACAACAAUAAUGUUGGAGGGGGAUUGCUAGCAGCGACGCUUGGGAGAAAGAUAAACGGUGGGAACAACCAUAAGAAGAAAGCGUCGCAGCCGAUCAUGGCUUAUGAUGAAAUUCCGGGGCUGCAAAGGGCAUCAGAGAACGACAACGUCACGUUCGGCAAAAGAAACUUUACGGGUUUCUCUUACGACCAAUCGCCGGUGGAGACCACGACGGAACUAUAGUGACACUUAUUAAUAAAAUUGGAGUAGGUAUUUUAAUGAAAUGAUAUAGGUAACAUAAAUUUGCUUUUCUUUCGGAGCAUUUUAUGAAAUAUUGUUUUCAAACAGAUUUUUUUAUUGUUACUUAUGUUUUUGGCUUUUCUGGCUCCCUUUAAUCCCUUACCGUGAACUUGAAAAAUGUUAUUACUUUUAUUGCUGUUUUUGUGUCAAAUAAGAUUAUUACAUUAAUGAUUGAAUAUGUUAAAAAUGAAGACAAAAACAAACAAAUUUAUGUUAUCUGUUUGUACGGGCGUCAGCACAUCAACCCAUCCUAAAUUCUCAAUUGAUUUUCAACCUUUAUUCUCAUGGUGUAAAGUUAAAAAUCUUAUUAAAGAUGAGUGAUAGGUUGAUCUGCUGUUUUCGGUACUUUUAAGAAAGUGAGAGUAGAUUGAUCGAAAAACAAUAUUGAAAUGGUGAAGGCGAUGGAAUAAGUUUAUAGUGACUUACCAUUUGUUUUAAAGAAGUGAAUAACAUAGACUAAAAGUGAUAUACUUUCCGUCCGUAACACAGCACAUAGACAAACUAUGUGUUGAGUAGUUAGCAUAAUAUGUGUUCAACGAAUGUUAAUAUAUUUUAAGUAUGAUAUAUCGCCGACUGAAAAUACUUCAACGUGAUGAAAGUUGAUGUAAAUAACGAAUUUUUUAAAUAUUUUUGUACGUAAUUGUGUAUGCACUUACUUAGCGAUGGCUAGUCUUUUAUAAUAAUUGAACAAAUUGUGCAUAAUGUAAUAACUUAUGGAUGUGUAUAUAAUUGAGGCAUUACACAGUAGUGUAUAUUAGGUACCUGAGAUGUAAAUACAGGUACAAAAUAAUUUUGUAUAAAAUGUCUUUGUCGAGUCUGUUACCUAUUUAAAUCUUGCAUUUUUGAAAAAAAAUAUUGUAUCUAUCACAUUGAUGACAGUUUAUGUUUCGACAUACAUACUUGCCAGUGUUAGGACUGUAUCACAUUAUAGUUGUACAGUCGCCUUUAUAUGAACCCUUUAUAGAAGUAUGAGUUCUUCAAUUGAUUUCGAACCUUAUGCCAAGGAACAUAAAGUUCAUAAUACGUUGAAGAUUUAAUUUUUUUGGUACGUUGAUAUUUAGGUGACUGUACGCUAAUCGUUGAAGCAAAAGGUAGUUUUUAAUGUAUAUUUUUGUAGAAAAUAUAGCUUCGGUACAUGAGCUUUACGUGUAAGAUGUUAUUUUACGUGUAAAUACGUUCGCAUAAUACCCUAAUGUAUGAUAGAAAAAUAUAUUUUCAAGAUCUAUGUGUGGUUCAGUCCUAACGCGUUUAUUUUCCGUUUUUAUACGAAUUUUGUGCCAGUUAUUGUUAAAUGUAACUUUAAGAAUACAGUUUUGUACUUAU